AUGAAUGAUGAAUUUAAUAUUUGUAUAUUUAAUCUUUUAAUUCGUGUUGGUGCAAAUAUAAAUUCAUUUGAUAAUGAUGGUUGGACACCAUUACAUGCAGCUGCACAUUGGGAUAAACAUGAUGUUAUUAAAUAUCUUAUUGAUAGAAAUGCAGAUUUAUAUGCAAAAAAUGAUGCGGGACAAACACCUAUUGAUGUUUGUGAUGGAGAAACAUUGGAUUUAUUAAAAGAAUUAAAAGAAAAACGACCUCCUAUAAAGAAUGAAACUUCAGAUCUAUUGAAAAAAAAACUUGUAUCAACCCGUCCGAUUGAUGAACAAAAAUCUAUUCUUCGAUCGGAAUCAUUUAAUGAGAAUUUAGAAGCAGCAAAUAAACCUCCUCAGUCCUCUAUAGAUGAGAAUAUAUCAAAUUAUUCACCUAAUAUUAAGGAGAAAUUGAGUAAUCUUCAACGAUCAUUACAUGAUUUAAGUAAUCGAUAUUUAAAAACCAAUCAAGAUGAGCCAACAACAACAACAACAACAACAUCAAAUUCAUUAAUUAAUUCAUCUAAUUUAAAAGAAAAAGAAUUAGUAUCUAGUCAAUCAAUACCAAGUUCAUCAAAUUGUUUAUCUCGAUCAAGAUAUUUAUCAACAAAUAAAUAUUCAUUAUCAAGUCCACAAAGAAUAUUUACAAAUCCAUUACAAUCAUUAACAACAAUAAAUUUGAAUAAUGAAUCAUUCAAUCGUGUAAGAAAUAAAAAACGAACAGAAAAAUGUAUCAAUUAUUUCAUUUUUAAAUUCUUGAUACAUUAUUCUCAAUCAUGUAAUAGUGAGCGGACAGAGCAAAAAAAGAAUACGUUUUAAGAGCCAUUGCACGUAAGCCACGACCUAUAGUGCUCAAUCGAGUAUUUCAGAUAUCGUUGAUAUUGAUAUAUAUCAUAGACAGAAGUGUUUGAUGAUGUUUGGCGCAAACCGCAAUAAAAAAUGUUGAACCAAAACAUUUUUAUUGAAUUUUUACGAAAAGCCCUGAAAUUCAAGAUUUAAACGAAUCCGUUCAGUAUUACGACUAUAUCUCGAGAACAAGUGAAUCGAUUGAGCUGAAAUUUCGUGUCGAAACUUACAAUGAGUAAUGCUCGUACCAUAAAAAAUUUCAAGUGAAACGGUUGUAUUUUUAUUUUUCUGUGUGUCCCUUUGUGUAAGCAAAAAAUGAACAUUUUAUCAAUAUUCAUGGUCUAAUAUCUCUUGAUCAAAAUGUAGUGCAGCCCUGAAAUUUUAUCUAUAGAAAGCCUAUACACAUGCCUCACUCUAGUGAAAAUUUUACCGUCCUCACGCAAAGCCUUCAUUCAGGCGGACCUUGCCAAAAUUAGCAUUUUUCGGCUGUGGCGAUCUAAAAAACUAUAUGUUUUUUUAGCGAUUUUUAUUCUUGGCCCUGAUAGGCCUAUCUUUCUUCUACUAUAUUCUGCAAAGAGUAGCGUGGGAUUUCUAUGGAAGCCAUGGCCACACGAGGCGCACCGAGAGCCCUGAACAGGUUAACUGCUUUUUUAAAGCUGAGCAUCGCAAACUAAAAAACAUGGUAUAUUUGGGACAUGUAAGUAAGUUUUCAUAGAGAAGAUGAUGGUGUUAAUAUGCUGCAUGCGGCUGCUUCGGAUUCUAGUAAGGGGGGGGGGGGGGGGGGGGGGGGGGUUUAACUCCAAGCAUUAAGAAAUUACAGAGAUAUUCACGAAAUACUGAGACCAUUAUUCUUU